AUGAAAUUCGGUGUCAUUCUGGCCUUGUGCAUGAUGCUUGCCACCACGUCAUUGGCUCUCCCUUAUGCAAGACGCGCGACGACUACACUGACCAUCAACCCUUUCCUCUUUGACGUCGCUCCUCCCACCCCCAAUGAUAAUAGCGCCGCUUCAUUGAAAGAUGUGUGUGAUAGUUUAUCAGCCACGUUGAAUAAAACACUGGCUGACUGUCAAGACAAAAAUAAGGGUACUGAUGCGUGCAAUAAGCCUAACGGCACCCCGAUUAACGAAGAUGCUGUCGCUAAGCACGCCAAACAAUGUGAGGCCCAUACAUUCGUAAAAGGUGCCUAUAGUCCCGAUAUAUUUGGUAAUAAAUUGUUGUCUAUCGAUCAAAACGGAAAUACCUUUACUGUCGGCAGUGAAACCUUCCAAACUUUAUCGGACGCUGUAGUCGGGGCGUGUAAGGAACAGCGACAACGAAAUCUCGCAACUCUUGAUGAUUGCACCAAUAAUCCGGAUAAUGCUGAUAAGUGUAAGAAGUUGGAUGGAACCCAAGUUUCUAGGGAAGAAGUCAACUUACAUAACAGCGUCUGCUUUUCUUUCCAUGCAAAAUAA